GCACGGUUAAUACCGCAAAUUUUAGAGGUCCACCUUUGACAUUUUGAUCCUCACGCAAAUCACGCUGCUUUCAACGAAAUGUUUUCAGUCGAACCACCAAUUGCAAUAUCAAUGGCGGGUUCCCAUAAACCCCGCAAAUUCUGUAAACUUAUUCGUCAGAAACCCUAGAAAUCGUACUCAAAACCUCUUAGUCGUGAAAUUUCUUCAUCCGAAACCCUAGAAAUCAUAUUCAAAACCCCUCAUUUGUGAAAUUAUCCGAAACCCUAGAAAUCAUUUUAAAAAACUCUCGUCAGAACAAAUCAAUCUCAUCCAUGCCGGACUGAUGCAAAACCCCAGAUUCAUCUCUGUAAAAAUAAUCGACUAAAGGGUGUAAGACCUCAGAAAAAGAGGCUAGGCGAAAUGCUUGGUGGUUUAUAUGGCGACCUACCCCCUCCUUCUUCAAUCCCUCCUUCUUCCGCAACAGACGACGAGCGAGGCCAUAGCACCUCCUCUAAUGGCGCCGGAGGUUCCUCUGCAGCCUGGUCAAGCAGUGCAAAAAUGGCUCCUCCAGCUCUUCGAAAGCCCUCUACCCUCUUUGCCCCACCUCAAUCCAUUAUGAGAAACCAAAACCCUAACCCUAAGCCCAAGCCUCAAGUUCAACCGAAAAUCCUAUUUCCCUCUGGCGAAGAAAGCCCUAACCCCAACUCUAGUUCCUCGUUCCAGCCUGCGCUUGUCGGAGUAACCUCGAAUGUGAUUGAGGAAUAUGAUCCUGCACGUCCUAACGAUUACGAGGAGUAUCGCAGAGAGAGAAAGCGGAAGCAGGUGGAGGCUGACAUGAAGAGAGAGAUGGAAAGGCGAAGGCUCGAGGAAGAAGAGAGAGAAAGGGAGAGGGAGAGAGAAAGAGAGAGGGAUAGAGAGAAAGACCUUUCAGGGCUCAAUCUGACUGGUGAAGAGGCAUGGAGAAGGAGAGCGGCCAUGGGAGGAGAUGGAGAUAGAGAAAGAGAUAGAGACAGAGAUAGAGAGAGGGAGAGGGAUGAAGAGAGAGAAGGAGAUGGCUUUACCAUUGCAAAGGGGGGAUUGGGUGGCCUUGGAGUUGGGGCUGGAGGCCAAAUGACAGCUGCUCAGAGAAUGAUGGCAAAGAUGGGUUGGAAAGAGGGGCAAGGGUUGGGUAAGCAAGAGCAAGGUAUCACCACACCAUUAAUGGCAAAAAAGACAGAUAGGAGAGCAGGGGUAAUUGUCAAUGCAAGUGAGUCUAAACCAGAGAAGAAGGCAAAGAGUGUGAACCUCAGGGGACUACCAACUCGUGUUCUUCUCCUUAGGAACAUGGUUGGUUCUGGGGAGGUCGACGACGAGCUAGAGGAUGAGGUGGCGUCGGAGUGCGCAAAAUACGGGACCGUAACACGCGUUCUCAUUUUUGAAAUAACUGAGGUCAAUUUCCCUGCAGAAGAGGCAGUUAGGAUCUUUGUGCAGUUUGAGAGGUCAGAGGAGACUACAAAAGCUCUCAUUGAUCUUGAUGGUCGGUUUUUUGGAGGGAGAGUGGUGCAUGCUGGGUUCUACGAUGAGGAGAGGUUUAAUAAGAAUGAAUUGGCUCCCAUCCCAGGUGAGAUACCUGGGUACCCUUGAGGUAUCUAUGUAUCUAUGGAUGAUUAAGACUUGUAUGGGGGUGGGUUCCUUUUUGUUGUUGUGAAGCAUUGGAAUUUGAUUUUAGGGAAGUUUCCAGCUCAAAUGGUCAAGGGUGGCAACAUCCGUACUAUAAAGUAUAUCCUUAUAAACCAUGUGAGUGAGAAUCGGUUAUCGAAUUGAUGAAUUGAUGAGGUUUGGGUGGAAUGUACCUAUUGUUGUAAGUCCACCCUUUCAAAAUCCAUAUGGAGAUGGAAUGAGGAUCCUAACGCUUACAAGUCCAUUAUCUUUAUUAUCACAACCAUGAAUCUAGGAUAAAAACACAACAAUUUCGAGCCUUAAGAAUGGUCAGUCUUGUACCUAUUUCUUGGAUUGUUCAUUUUUUUCUUUCAAUGAUCAUCAGAUGUGCUUCAUUUUGGGCUUCAAAUUCAUAGAUUUGAGAUGGAAAUGGAUUUGAGAUAUUUUAGUUGUCUUGA